AGUCUAGGAAUCACCACUUUCAAAUUACCUACAACCACACCUUCUACACUUCAACUCAACUCAAACACCCCACAUACACAUCACCAUGGCUUCCACCGUCAACGUCGAGAACAUCUCCACAAAGACUAGCGAGGAUGAGAUUAAGAGCUUCUUCAGCUUCUGUGGCAAGAUCCAGUCCAUCAGCGUAAAGCCCUCAGGCGAAGACACGCAGUCUGCAUCCGUCACCUUCGAGAAGCCGGCCGCGGCGAAGACGGCCCUCCUCCUCGACAACACUCAGCUCGGGCCCAACCCCGUACAAGUCACCUCUGCCAAGAGCAUCGAUGAGAUUGCGGGCGAGAAGGCUGCCUCGGCCGAAGAGGCCAAGGACGGCGACCACCACAUUGAGCAGGAGCAGAAGCCCCGCGCACGCAUCAUCGCCGAAUAUCUCGCCCAUGGCUACGCCAUCUCGGACAAGGCCAUUGAGCGCGCGCUCGCUGCUGACAAGCAGAACGGCUACAGUGCAAAGUUCAUGAACGUCCUCCAGAACUUCGACCAAAAGACACAAGCUACGCAAAAGGCACAGGUCGUCGACCAGAAGCUCGGUGUUACAAACAAGGGCUACGCCGCCUUCAACAUGAUGACCAGCUACUUUGACAAGGCUGCCUCAACACCCACGGGCCAGAAGCUCCGUGCGUUCUACGAGCAGGGUAACAAGACAGUCAUGGACGUCCACAACGAGGCAAGGCAUUUGGCAGAUCUCAAGAAGCAGAAGCCGGCUGGUGAGCAGGGCGCUGCUGCCACUACCGCCGAGGGCAGCGAGAAGCCCAAGGAGGGUACCAACGAGAAGGGUAGCGAGUCCUACGCUGCUGCUGCCGCUCCCACCUCCUAG